AUGAGGGGUGUUACAACAUUCGCCAUUGCGGCGACUUUAUUAUCGACAUGUACCGAGGGGAUUCAAUUGCACAAGCGAACGGAUGGAGCACCACGAGUCGUUGAAUUUCCAGUAUCGAGAAGGACAACACCUAAUCCAGUGGCGAGGGACAGGUUACGGAGGAGAUCGGAAACUGUCCAAGCCACAUUAGACAAUGAGGAAACAUUAUAUUUUGCUAAUGCGACACUGGGAACGCCAGCACAAAGCUUUCGAUUACAUAUCGACACUGGAAGUUCGGAUCUUUGGGUGAACACAGCAACUUCGACAUUAUGUAAAGGAAAGGGAAGCCCAUGUGCCUUUGCCGGUACCUACUCAGCGAAUGCAUCGUCGACAUACUCGUACGUGGCAAGCGACUUCAACAUUUCAUACGUGGACGGAUCAGGAGCUUCGGGGGACUAUGUAACGGAUACAUUUACCAUUGGUGGAACGACAUUAAAGUCUCUGCAAUUUGGAAUUGGAUAUACAAGUUCUUCAGACGAAGGUAUCUUGGGAAUUGGGUACCAGAUCAACGAGGUACAAGUUGGCAGAGCAGGAAAGGCGGCAUACAACAACUUGCCAGCACAGAUGGUGGCAGACGACUUGAUCCAAUCGAACGCAUACAGCUUGUGGUUGAACGACUUGGAUGCCAACACUGGUAGCAUCUUGUUUGGUGGCGUCGACACUGCGAAAUACCACGGCUCACUCGAGACUUUGCCAGUGCAGAAGGAGGAUGGAUACUUUGCAGAGUUCUUGAUCACUCUUACUGAGGUGACUCUCGGCAAUACUGUCAUUGCAUCGAACCAAGCACAGGCCGUUCUUCUCGACACAGGCAGUUCCUUGACCUACCUCCCAGAUGCGAUGACGGAAGCCAUCUACGAGCAAGUUGCAGCACAAUACGACUCCUCAGAAGGCGCUGCAUACGUGCCCUGCUCCUUAGCAAGCAAUACCACCACCUUGAACUUUACCUUCUCAACACCCACCAUCUCCGUCCCCAUGGACGAGCUUGUCCUCUCCGUAACUUCCAGCAACGGCCGACAAUUGACCUUCUCGGACGGAACAGCAGCCUGCCUCUUCGGCAUCGCCCCAGCAGGCUCCAGUACCUCCGUUCUGGGCGACACCUUCAUCCGAUCCGCCUACCUCGUCUACGACCUCGCCAACAACGAGAUCUCGAUCGCACAGACGAACUUCAACGCCACAGGCACAAGCGUAGUCGAGAUCGGAACAGGUACCACCGCCGUCCCAGACGCAACAUUAGUCGCGAACGCAGCUACGGCAGUAGCAGGAACCAACGGCGGUGCGGUCGCAGGCACCGUGACCGUAGGCGGGACAGCGACAUCGAAAGCAGGCGCACAGCGAACGACGGCUCCUAUGAACAUCGGUGCCAUGGCAGCCGUCGGUGCGGGUAUUGUUUAUGCGGCGAUGUAG